UGACAAUAUGGAGUGUAUUCAUUAAUAAUAUUUGUGUUUUGUUCCUGUUUGACAGGAAGUCGAUGUUUGGUGGUGAUCACAGUGUGUCUCGGGAUCCUCUGUCUUCUUCUGAUUGCUGCCAUUAUAUAUCAGCACAUUCUGAGCACUUCUAAACGGGGAUAUCUGUGGGGUCCAGAUGGCUUGUUCAUAUCCAAUAAGGAGAUGAGCUGGUCUGAGAGUAGGCAGUACUGCAGGGAUCGAGGAGCUGAUCUGGUCAUUAUCGACACUGAAGAGAAGCAGAGACACAUAACUUCAUUAGUCAAGGAGAGAGUGUGGAUUGGUUUGUCUGACAUUGAGAAUGAAGGGACCCUGAUAUGGGUGGAUAAUUCACCCCUGAAUAAAGGGUUUUUUGUUGAAGGUCAACCGAAUAACUAUUAUUCAGAUGAGGACUGUACUGAACUGAAUCCUACAAAACAUGCCCUGAACAACUGGAGUGAUUUCCAAUGCUCUUACAAGAAAAAAGGGAUUUGUGAGAAAUAGGAUUCAUCCUGAUUUUUCAUGCUAAAACUUGUAUCAUCUUAUGGAAUCAAUCUUAUUGUGAUCGCAUUGUGAAUAAAUAACAUAUUAAGAUUCCUGUCAUAUAAACUCAAUUUAUUUCAUCAUGCUUUCAUGUGAAAGGGUUUAUGCUGCACACUUUACAUCUGAUGUGUUCAUGUCUUACUCCAUCACAAGCUUAAUUAGACCUUAUUCGAGCUGUCAUUUGCUGGUCUGAAGUGUUAAGGUGAAAAUCACAGUAAAGUACUGGUGCCGUAUUCACAAAAUUUAAGAGUUCUUCUCCUAAAUAACAGUAAAAGUGCUUGGCAGGGGCGUUGCUAGACCCUCUUUUCACUCUCAGUAAAAUCUUGCUAUGUCCCAGUAAAAUUUUCUUAAUAAAUGAUUUUCUGAUGAGGAAGAUUAAACAGUAAACUCCCCAGUGUUAAAUCAACACGGUCAGUGUUCAUAUGGGAACCAUCAGAAGAGUGUUAAAGUAACACUGAAGCAGUGUUAGAGUUAAUUAGAUACUGAAGUGAUUAACUGACUGAUGAUUAUUCA